AUGCGAUCCAAGUUCAAGGACGAGCACCCCUUCGAGAAGCGCAAGGCUGAAGCUGAGCGAAUUCGACAGAAGUACCCGGAUCGUAUUCCCGUCAUCUGUGAGAAGGCAGACAGGACCGAUAUCCCUACUAUCGACAAGAAGAAGUACCUGGUGCCAUCUGACCUCACGGUUGGACAAUUCGUGUAUGUCAUCCGUAAGCGAAUCAAGCUGGCACCAGAGAAGGCGAUCUUCAUCUUCGUCGACGAGGUCCUCCCACCGACCGCAGCACUCAUGAGCGCAAUAUACGAGGAGCAUAAGGACGAGGACAACUUCCUUUAUGUCAGUUACUCAGGAGAGAACACAUUCGGUCAAGAAGACUGGAUCGAGCUGCCGCUAGAUGCAUGA